AUGGCUCUGAUCUCCAUUUUGCCUUGUAAUUUGAGCUUGUGUCACACUCUCAAACUUAAUCACCCUGCCCACCUUUGCACUAGUAAAACAGUGCCAUUGUUGGCACGAAGGAAGAAGCUUAAUCAGGCCUUAACUAAAGCUGAAAUCCCUUUGCGGCGCACUGGUAAACAUCAUCCUAACUUGUGGAACGACAAUUUCAUACAGUCUCUUCCAAACCGGUCUUAUGAGCACAUUGUUGUCGGGAUUUCACAGGCUCAACAUUGUGGUAGCCUUAUUACCGAGAUCAAAGAAAUGUUCAGCGAAUCACAUGCAAAUAAUGUUUACCCACUUCUUGUCCUGGUGGAUAAUAUCGAACGUCUUGGAAUAGAUCGACAUUUUCAGAAGGAAAUCAAAGAAGCCCUUGAUUUUAUUUACAGGUCUUGGGGUGAAAGCCCAAGAGAUCUCAACACCAUGGCAUUGGGCUUUAGGAUUCUUAGACUCCAUAGAUAUUCUGUUUCUCCAGGAAUGUUGGGAGCCUUUAGAACAGCAAAUGGGCAGUUCUUAUGCUCCACUGCGCAAACAGAGGAGGAUAAAAUUAAAAGUAUUCUAAAUCUGUUUCGAGCUUCACAUAUUGCUUUUCCUGGGGAGAAAAUUUUGGACGAGGCUAAACAAUUCUCCACUACAUAUUUAAGUCAAGCUAUACAGAAGAGUGGGAUCAGUUGCAACCUUUUACAAGAGAUAUCAUUCAAUCUGGAGUAUGGGUGGUACACCAAUCUGCCGAGAUUGGAAGCAAGGAAAUACAUUCAAAUCUACGGACAAAACAAGUCGUGGGUCAGGACGGUGGGCAACCUGAAACUUUUAUCUUUAGCUAAAAUGGACUUCAACGCGAUUCAGUCACUGCAUCAACAAGAGCUUAAAACUUACUCUACAUGGUGGAAGGAGUCUCGUUUGUCUGAAUUAGAAUUUGCUCGUCAUCGUCCUGUAGAAUAUUUUUUUGUUGCAUGUGCAAUUUGUGAGGAUGAGAGGUAUUCUGCAUUUAGAUUUGGCUUAGCAAAGCUCUCUACAAUUGCAACAUAUAUAGAUGAUAUAUAUGACACAUUUGGAACACUUGAUGAACUCAAACUCCUCAGUGAGGCUAUCAAGAAGUGGGAUCCAACAUCUAUAUACAACCUUCCUCAAUAUAUGAAAAUUGUGUACAUGUCAUUGUAUGAGACAGUCAAUGAAAUGGACCGAGAAGCUACAAAGAUUCAACACCGAGAUACUCUUGCCCCUUCUAAAGAUGCGUGGGAAGCUUAUAUAGAUGCCAUGAUGCAAGAAGCUGAAUGGCUUGCUACAAGGUACAUUCCAACUUUGGCAGAAUACAUAGAGAAUGGAACACUUAGUUCAGGAACUCGUGGAGCAACAUUGCAACCUGUAUUAACAAUAGAUGAGAUUCUUUCUAAAAAUAUUCUUCCAAAAAUUGAUUAUCCAUCAAGAUUCAAUGAUCUUUUAAGCUUGAGUCUUAGAUUAAGAGGUGACAUGAAAUCCUUUAAGGGUGAGGUGGAUAGAGGAGAAACAAAUUCAUCCAUAGCAUGUUAUAUAAGGGAUAACCCAGGAUCGACUGAAGAAGAUGCCUUGAAUUAUGUCAAGAAUUUAUUGGAUGAACGACUCAAAGAAUUAAAUUGGGAGUACUUGAAAAAUGAUGGUGUUCCAACUUGUAGCAAAGAUUAUGCUUAUGACAUUACAAGAGGUUUUCUUCAUUUCUACAAGGAAAGAGAUGGUUUUAGUUUUUCAAAUAAAGAUAUACAUAAUCAUGUAACUCAAAUCCUUAUUGAUCCUAUAACCAUGUAG